AUGGCUAACCGCCAGCGGUUUAUCAACUGGGGAGCAUACCGCAAAGGUGUUUUCUCCACGCUGCCGCGUUUCGACGCACUCCCCAACGGCGGCUUUGAAUUGGUCCGCUCUUAUCAAGCAGUGCUGGACAGAAAUGAAACCUUUACCCAGUACUUUUCUGACAAGCACCUGGAGAGCUACGGCAUCGAAGCCAGCCUCCGUGAAGAAUUUGGUGUUGGUCCUCCCUGCCUGUCUGACCCUGAGAAUCCCGCAGACGAAAGUGCCGGCAUCAUUAGCUGGACCACAAUUUUCCGAAGCGGUGAUUUCAUUGAGCAGCCGGAUGGCCGCUACCUCUGCCAUGUCCAUGGGAAGAUCGUUGAGCUCGACGAGAGAAUUUAUCGAACGAUCAUGAUAAGCCGACGCGCUUUUCCUCCGAGUUCGCAAGCAUGGCCGAUUCAUUCCGAUGUGGAUCGUGAGCUUGAGCUCAGUAUGGCGAUUGAAGCUGAUGUUGUGAAUGAGCUCAAUUCGCAAAUCAAGUAUGUUGAGCGAUUGCAUCGCCUUCAGCUCACAAUGAAGAAGCGCCGCAGGGGCCUGCAGCGUAUUCAAGACCCCGAAACUGUGAAGCUCGAGCCGGAGACGGAAAGUCCGCGGCCACUCAAGGCCAUGUUCCCGGUCUCAACUCCUCGACCCGUGACUUCCGGGGAAUCUCACACCACGCGUGCUCGAUCCUCGUCCGAGAGUUCGGUCUCAUCUGGCGGGGACAUCCCCAGCGCCGCCGCCGCCGAGGAUUCGGCCCAAGCAAACCUGGGCAACACUGCUCUUUCAGGUGUUGGCUACAGUAAGGGGAAGGGCAAAUAUGCAGCCCCAACCAAUUCUGAGCAAAAAGUCAUUCAUAUUCACGAUGACACAAGCUCACCCCUGACAUCACUUGGCUCGGCGAUGGAUCCUUCACCAUCGUCUCAGUUUUUGCCGGUAAAUCAGAGCCAACUGAAGGUGGCUCGCAACCUCUCCACCCCCGGACCAUCCACCACCCCAAAGCGAUCAUUUGACGCUUACUCCCACGGGGACUCUCGUCCUUCGUCCGGCAAAAGACAGAAGAGCGCCGCCCCCUCCUCGGCGAAAGUUGCUGGUCCUUCAAGCCACGGCCAGCAAAUGCCGAUGUGGAACGUCCGAUUCCCAGACUCCCCUCAUCAAACCCCAUCCUCCGCGAAAAGAACGGCGGAACCUGAGGUGGCGCCACCCGAGAAGCGCCAGAAACAAACGACUCCUGCGCAGAAGAAGUCCGGGACCAGGAAGCCCGAGCAGAAGAAGCGAGAAAGGCAUAACUUCACUGACUUCGAGAAAGAACACGGCCCUCCCUGGAUCCGAGCUGCGAUGAAUAGAGGACUUGGUGGAGCCGAACUCCAGAAGGCUUACUUCCAGCACUUCGGCACACACCACCACGCAACCACCCUGAAGGCAUUCUUGGACCGAAUGGAAGCCAAGGCUAAAGCAAACCCCGCUGCCAGCACCAACCCUAACUCCACCCCUAAGGGCACUACCGAGGCCCCCAUUCAACCUACCACUGAGCUCAGUACUAAUGCCACAACUGAACUCCCUACUAAGCCCGCCACCAACCUCACUCCUCAACCCAACCCCGGGGAAGGUGGCGGCCCAAGCACGGCACAGAAAUUGAAGGCGACUUCGGUCGGGUCACCCAUGGCCUUACAGGGGCGAAUAGACUCACCCACCCAAGGCACCCCAGGGACAAGCCCAUCCCUCCAAGGUAAUAUUACACCAUCCUACGUCUCGCCUUACACACAGCUGGGUCCUUCCAAACAAACACCUGUCAAACCCGCUUUAAUUCAAUCCGAUGUCAUUCAGUCCGGAAAUCGGGCCUCAGACCAACCGAAAGCCUCGCCAAUGAAGAACGGUGAGGAUAUACGCUCAAGCUCGGCUGCGAUUGCAAAGUCUCCUAUGAAGAAUGGACUACCUAAAGUCUAA